UUAUAAUUCACCUUAAUUUGCAAAGGUAAUUUUUAAUUAUAUAUAAAAAACAUCUUACAAAUUUCAUUUGCCAACCUUAUUCUUUAAAUCAACAAUCUAUUCCUCAAUUAAUAAUCGACUAUCAUUUCCAUCUCAUCCAUUUGGCGAAAGAAAAGAAAAGAAAAGAAAACAUGACAGCAAAAGGAGACUGAAAGGGAGCGAAUUAAUCACGACUUUUUGCGAUGGGAUUAGUGAGCUACAAAGACUGUGGGUGAGAACGAGGAAUUAUAUGUUUAACGAAAAGUGAAAUCCCACCGACAGAAGAGGGUCCGAUAAUUAUACCCACUUGGAUUGGAUAUGAAGCUGAAGAUUUCAGCCGACUACCGACGAAAUGGACGUCACCCUCCCUCCUCCCCCGAGCAACAGUUAAGUCCUAUUAACACUCCGUCGCCAUUGUUAAAAUAAUCACCGAAUAUCUUCUUUUUUCUCUAUCUUUUUAUUUUUUUGGGUUGUUGACAGACACGGAAAUAAACGUUAACGACCUGGACCUUCUUCCCUUAGACCCUCACCUCCCCUUUCCAUCCUGUUGAUUUAUAUCACUCUCACUCUCGCCUCUCGCCUCUCCCACGCAAAUAGAAAAUCCCAAUCCUCAACCUCUGAGAUCUAAUCUCACACCCACACUCUCCCUCGCCCUCUCUCAUACAAUAGAGCGCCUGACCCAGAUCUCCUCUGGGCUGCUCUUCCUCUCCACGCGUUUUCUCGUUGCUGAUCCAUUCCUUAAUUCCCAGUAAGCUCUAAGCUUUCCUUCUUGUUUUAGCCGCCUAUUGCUUCAUUUAAUUGGAAUCCGGGGUAGACUCAUGUGUCGCGGAUCUGAUUUGACAAAUUCCCAUCUGGGUUUGGUUCUAAUCAUGGGUUGGAUUCGCUUUCGUAUUUAAGGAUGUGGGAAUUGGGAUUGAUGGUGGUGUCAAUGCGAGUAUGGUUAAUGAGCUUUCUUCUGGUUCAGAUCUAAAGACGCUUUACUUCGUCUUUGAUUGGCUAUUAAAGAUGUCAUUGUCCUUUCUUCGUGUGUGUGAAGUUCUUGAUUGCCAGGCCACCCCUGGGUUUUAAUCAAUUCCCCUGUGAACUCCAUGUUUGCCAUUUUUUUGGUGUUCUUAUUCAUGAAUUGGCUGGAUCAGUGUUUGAUUAAUUGCUUGCUCUGUCUCUGUGUUAAUUUUCCUGUAUCCAAUUGGGUAGUUUAAGUUUUGUGCGCAGUAAGUCUGCCUUCAUUGCUUAUUGACCGCACAUUGCUUCAUUUGUUUUGUGUCGAGAGAUCGGAUCUCAGUCUUGGGGUACAAGUUAUACUUUUGUGUUGAUACUUAGCCGUCAUACUUAUGUUAUUAAUUUAAGUAAUGUUCUGCUAGACGGCUAAGUUGGAAGCUUUCAUUUGUUUAUUAUGAGCUCUAUAGUUGACAGAAGUCUGCAAAUGUUUCUUUCUUCCCUCACUUGGCUUCUUUGAUUUUUUCCUUUUGAGUGCGAUCAGCUUCCUUAAUGUUUACAAUUCUGUUUCUUUUGGUUCUUCUUUAUCACAGGUCUUGCUGCAGGGUCUGCUAGAUAUAAGUUUACCCCAGUUCAUUGGGAUACUGAUUUGAACAUAAAAGCUUCAGACCUGUAAGAUCUGCAUUAUGAUCUGAGUGAUCUAACUAAUAGGCAACAGAGUCAGCUAGUUUGAAGAUCUCAAUAAGUUGGUAAAACAAUGAGAGGAAGACCGGAUGGUGCACAGAAGAAGCGUUUGAUAACGUCUGUCUGUGUUGUAGCUGUCUUCCUUGGAUUUAUAUACUUCUACUACGGAUCCGUAUUUGGUUCUCAAGGCCGUGGGGCAUCUGCUCUAGAAUAUGGAAGCAAAUCCUUGCGGAAACUGGGCUCGUCUUAUCUUGGCGGGGAUGAUGAGUCGGACAAAGAGGAUGGAACGAGAUUUGGCUUGGAAGAAGGAGAGGAUGAUAGUGUCCCGAAAAGCUUCCCGGUUUGUGAUGACCGGCAUUCAGAACUGAUUCCAUGCUUAGACAGGAAUCUUAUAUAUCAGAUGAGACUGAAGUUGGACUUGUCUGUAAUGGAGCAUUAUGAGCGUCAUUGCCCUCCUGCUGAAAGGAGGUUCAAUUGCUUGAUUCCUCCUCCACCAGGGUACAAGAUCCCCAUCAAGUGGCCAAAGAGUAGGGAUGAAGUGUGGAAAGCGAACAUUCCUCAUACCCAUCUUGCACAUGAAAAGUCUGAUCAGAACUGGAUGGUUGUAAAAGGUGAUAAGAUAGUAUUUCCUGGGGGAGGUACUCAUUUCCACUAUGGAGCUGACAAGUAUAUUGCUUCUAUUGCAAAUAUGUUAAACUUCUCAAAUAAUGUUCUGAAUAAUGAUGGAAAUGUAAGAACUGUUCUGGAUGUUGGCUGCGGAGUUGCCAGUUUUGGGGGUUACCUUUUAUCAUCCGAUAUGAUCACGAUGUCCUUGGCCCCAAAUGAUGUUCAUCAAAAUCAAAUACAGUUCGCCCUAGAGAGAGGUAUUCCUGCCUAUCUGGGUGUUCUUGGGACCAAGCGGCUCCCUUAUCCGAGCCGAUCUUUCGAGUUCUCCCAUUGUUCCCGUUGUAGAAUAGAUUGGCUUCAGAGGGAUGGUAUUCUUCUUCUUGAGCUUGAUCGGGUACUCAGACCAGGAGGUUAUUUUGCAUAUUCAUCACCUGAGGCGUACGCACAAGAUGAAGAAGAUCUAAGAAUAUGGAAAGAAAUGAGUGCCCUUGUCGAAAGAAUGUGCUGGAGAAUAGCUGCAAAGAGAAACCAAACGGUUAUUUGGCAGAAACCUCUAACAAAUGAUUGUUACAUGCAAAGAGAACCUGGUACCCAACCCCCUCUCUGUCGUUCUGAUGAUGACCCUGAUGCAGUUUGGGGCGUGCAAAUGGAAGCUUGCAUUUCACCUUACUCUGAGCACGACCACAGGGUCAAGGGCAGCGGACUAGCUCCUUGGCCAGCUAGAUUGACUAGCCCUCCGCCAAGACUUGCUGAUUUUGGCUAUUCGAAUGAUAUGUUUGAAAAGGACGUGGAACUCUGGAGGAAGAGGGUGGAUAACUACUUGAAUAUCUUGAGCCCAAAGAUCCAGUCAGAUACCAUAAGGAAUGUGAUGGACAUGAAAGCAAACUUGGGGUCUUUUGCUGCUGCACUUCUUAAGAACAAGGACGUAUGGGUUAUGAACGUUGUCCCAGAAGAUGGACCAAAUACAUUGAAGGUGGUAUACGACAGGGGGCUGAUAGGCACUAUCCACAGCUGGUGCGAAGCCUUCUCGACAUAUCCUCGGACAUACGAUUUGCUUCAUGCUUGGACCGUGUUCUCUGACAUUGAGAAGAAGGGAUGCAGUGUGGAAGAUCUUCUGUUGGAGAUGGAUCGUGUGAUAAGGCCCAGUGGUUUCAUUAUCAUACGCGACAGGCAAUCGGUGAUAGAUUACGUGAAGAAGUAUAUGGUGGCGUUGCACUGGGAAGCAGUAGACUCCUCCAGCACUGAACAAGACCAGGAUGGUGAAGAGGUUGUCUUCAUCGUCCAAAAGAAGCUGUGGCUGACCAGUGAGAGCCUUAGAGACACAGAGUAGUAGGAGGAGGGACAAGCCCCUUCUCAGUAACUCCAACACUUAAAAUAUUUUUCGAGCAGAAGGCUCCAGCGUAUGGGGAGGAAGUGAAGAAGUAAGUAAGAAGGCCAUAGUGCUGUGAGUAGCAAAGACAGGUUUUACAUUUUGUAGCCGGAAAUGAAGUUCCACCCACCAUAUCCCUCUGUUUUAUGGUUUUUGUUCUUUUGGUCCUUGUAAUGAUUCUUCAAUUUGAUAGAAUGGAAUUAUAAGUCGAUAGGGGCACUAUUCUUCAGAUUGGUCUUUUUUUGCUGUUUGCGUUAAUGAAAGCAAGAAUAGUUACUGGAUACCUUUAUUACUUGAAGUAGUCAUGACUCAUGAGUGAUGAUGAAGUUAGUACAAUAAUGAGUAAUGACCCAAAUGACGGUGUAGGGUUUUCUUACACUCUCGUUCGUCGCCAGCUCAUUCCCAUCUGGUGCUAGUGAAGGCUAAUAAUUUUCCCUUUGCAUUGCAGAUGUAUGCAGUUGUGUGGGAAUGGUAAUUGUCAAAACAUUACUGUGGUGUGGAUAGUGAUGGCAACCUGACUCAGUGAGACUCGAUUUGUCUCGAUUGUGGAUAUGUUUGGGACUAAUAUUAUUCUAUCUGCAAUAGUCUGCAAUAGUGUGGGAUGAGAUAUGAGUAUUGCUUUUGAUACGUCAUAUUUCGUUCCGUUCUUGAUAUGUUCAAUCAUAAUUUGUAUUAAUAUCUACAUGUGUGUCUUCUCUUUUUUGCAUGGCAUUUUGGGAAGACUAAAUCCAUACUAGAGAAGCACACAAGUGUUAGAAAAGAUCAUAAUAUGCCUUUUUUGUUUUACAAUAAUAUUCUUCCAGUUAAAGAACAUAAUAUUGGACUGACAUACGCUAGUCUUUGCCAUAUAUAUACGGUGACGUCUUCACUGCAAUCACUAUUUUGGGUGCAUUCCGUGCACUCACUUCAUAACCGUCAUUUUAAACAUGCGAUUUAUGUCAAAAUGAUGUCAAUCAUCACUUAUGAUGUGAUAAACAAUAAAGCAUAUGAAUUUGCACAAAAACCAUUCAUGAUUUACUUUAAUUUGAAGGAUUUAGAGUUUAGAGAUUUAGGGUUAGGGUUUACAAUUUGGGGUUUAGUGAUAGAAUUCAAAAUUGGAGGUCUAGAGUUUAGGGUAAUCCAUUAAUUAGUUUUUAUCAUAUGCUAUAUCAUCUAUUACACUAAUUCUACAAAUUAAAAUUCAAAAUCCGACACCUUAAGACUAGUUUUUGAGUUGGGUGCAUUGAACACACUCAUUUUUGUGAGUGCACCGAAGUAGUCACCAUAUAUAUAUAUAUGGUGGCUACUUCGGUGCACUCACUUUUUUGGGUGCACUCAGUGCACCCAACUCUAAAAGCGUCCAUAAUACAUCAAAUUUUGAACUUUAAUUAGUACUCUCAAUAUAAUAUGAUGAUAUGAUAUAGAAUCAUAACAAAUCAAUCCAUUACCCUAACCCAUUAACCUUCAAUUUUGAAUCCCAACCCAAAAUCCCAAAUUGUAAACCUAAACCCUAACCCUAAAUCCCUAAAUCCUAAAUACUUCAAAUUAAAGUAAAUUUUGAAUGAAUUUUUUUCAAAUUCAUGUGCUUCUUGUUCAUAAUAUCAUAAGCAACAAUUGAUACCGUUUUGACAUGAAUCGCAUGGUCAGAAUGACAAUUAUGAGGCGGGUGCACUGAGUGCACCCGAAAAAGUGGGUGCACCGAAUACGCCACCAUAUAUAUAUAUAUAUAUAUAUAUAUAUAUGGGGUACCUAGGGUGAAAUCUGGGGUACCGCUUACCUUGAGUAAGAAAACGCUAUCCAAAACUUGAAUUAACUGAUCUUUCGGAC